AUAAUGUGGAGUUUAUUUUUGAUAACUUUGCUAUUCAGCAAUCAAGUUUUCAGUGCACGUAUGCUUUCUUCCAGUUCUCAACGCAUCACGACACGUGAAACGAAAAGCUGUGAAAGUCGUCAAACCCCUGGACCGAUAUGCGAAUCUUGUGAGUUAUUGUCUACUUGCGUCAAUCACUCGAGUGGGUGGGUUAAUAUACCUGUCGAAUCAUGCGACACGCAGAAUGGCUUCUACUGCAAUGCGCGACUUUCAAUGUGUUCCAAUAUUACUGGUCCUUGCCAUCCUUUCGGUUCUCAGAAUAAUUUCCCUUGUACAACGCAAGGUAUAUUCCCAGAUCCGUAUGAUUGUCAAAAAUUUCAUAUGUGUUACUUCGUGGAGUCAGCUUUAGUAGCCGCUAAUGUAGAAUGUGGUGGUGAUAAAGCUUUCAACGCUGCUACUGGACAGUGCUCAUUAACAAUUCAAGAUGAAAUUUGUCAAAAGGAACAAUUUGAGUGUGAAAAGUCAGGAGACGCACAUGCCUGGCCAAGUAAUCCUAAUAUUUUUUAUAUUUGUAAGGCCACAUCAAACCAAAACUCAGAACAGCUAUUUUAUCCCACUUUGUAUCGGUGUGCUGAUGGUGAAAUAUUUGAUGGAUACUACUGUAGAGUUAUGCGACCGAUUGAACCUACAACUACAACAACUACAACAACUACUUCAACUAUUUCAACUAGCGGUGUUAGUACCACAGUGACAACUCCAAGUACAUUGCCUAGAACCUGCACAAAUGUUGGAUUAACUGCAGAUCCAGAUGAUUGUCAUAAAUAUUUUUAUUGUUCUGCUGUAAAUGGUGAGAAACGGCACAUGGAAUGUCCACGCGGCACGUAUUACAAUCCGCAAUUGGUUUCUUGUACGAUAGGAAAUUGUUGAGCUCAUGUAAUCCACAAACAAAA